AUGAAGUCUACAAUUGCGUUGCUUGUGGGAUCUGCCACGUCGGUUUCGGCGCAAGGAUGGCCUGGUAAUUAUGGAGGUGGGAAUGGAGGCGGGAAUGGAGGCAACUGGAUGAGCGGUGCGAUCAGUGCUCUUACGAAACAGCUUCAGGGAGAUGCGGCCGCGGCUGGACCGUUCAGUACGAUCACCAGUCAGAUCCUGUCUAGCUAUGUCGAGCCUAUCGAGACCCAACUCCUUCGCAACAGCUACAUCGUCCGCAACGAUUCCGAGCUCCUCCUCGGCGGCAAACGCUGGACAGCCUCAGGCGCAAAUGUCUACUGGCUAGGCCUAGAUGAGAACGUGAUCCCUCCCUCCGGCCAACCCUUCUACGCCCCCUUCAACGCCAGCUACCCAACCCACGGGCGAAUCACAGAAGUGAUGAACACUCUCGUGACCAUGGGCGCCCACACCAUCCGCUCCCAAACCCUCGGGGUCAGCGUCGGCAACCCACUCUCCCUCGAACCCGCACUAGGCGUCUUCAACGACGCCGCCUUCGACACGAUCGACUGGUCCGUCUACCAAGCCCGCGAACACGGUCUCCGGAUCUUCGCCCCAUUGAUAGAUAACUACGACUACUACCACGGCGGCAAAUUCGACUUCCUCCGCUUCCGCGGCAUCAACAUAAGCAGCACGACCUCCCCAAUCGACGCCCAGGUAAUGCAAUUCUACACCAACGCCACCAUUAUAAACGACUUCAAAGCUUACAUCCACCACCUCCUCACCCACGUGAACCCCUACACCGGCCUCACCUACGCCGAAGACCCCACCAUCUUCGCCUACGAAACCGGGAACGAGCUCGGGGGCCCAGUAUUCGGCGACAUGGAUGUCCCCGUCGCCUGGACGGACGAAAUCUGCUCGUACAUCAAAUCCCUCGGCCCGCACAAACUCUGCAUAGACGGAACCUACGGCAUCAACGCCACUCAUCUUGACAUCGCCAGCGUAGACAUCUACGACGACCACUUCUACCCCCUCAAUUUGACCAAACUAACCACCGACAUCUCCCUCGUCGGUUCAGCGAAGAAAGUCUACCUAGCAGGCGAAUACGACUGGACGGGCAAUGUGGCCAGCGCACCAAGUCUCCAAUCCUUCUACAACAUCAUCGAAUCGCAUCAAAACUCCAGCCAGCCAGUGAUAGCAGGCGACCUCUUCUGGUCCCUCUUCAUGCACGACGUCCCCAAUUGCGAGAUCUUCGUCAACCAUACUGAUGGCUUCGCACUACAAUACGGGAACCCGACGAAUACGGUGCAGAACAAUACGCAGAUUAGUACUAUCCGACAGCAUUUCUUCAAGAUGCAGGGGGAGGAGGUGAGUGCGUAUUUGCCGGCUCAAGCAUGCCCGGGGAAAUUGAGGGAUUUGACGUAUUCGCCUGGUGUGGUGGAUUUUGAGGGGGAUGUGUAUUGA